AUGGAACCAGAGGGAAUGGAUCUAGGGAUGCUGAAGGAAUGGGCUGAUGACAUUGCAAGGCUGCUAUCAUCUUUGAAAGCUCAUAGUGAUGCAAAGAUGUUCCCGACAACUGGAAAAAGACAGAUGUGGUACCCAUCUUUAAGAAAGGCAAGAAAGAAGAUCCAGGGAACUACAGACUGGUCAACCUCACUUCAGUCCUUGGGUGGUCAUGAGAUCACUGAGACCAUCAGCACAGACUUCACAGGUCCUAAAACUACCACCCAUACUGUUGAGCGUGAAAAACCACCAGCUGCUGAGAAUGCAGCAGCUCCAGUCAGGAAGAGGACAGUGCGGACAAAAGUGGAUUCAUCUAAGUUUUUGACGCCUUAUCUGCAACACAGUAAUAAAAUGAAGGACCUAUUCAGUGAGGUGAAAUACCGCAUGGCUGGUACAGUUGCUAGAACUAUUUGCCACGUUGAUGAAAAGGCCAAGGAUAUAGAACAUGCAAAGAAGGUGUCGCAGCAAGUGAGCAAGGUGUUAUAUAAACAGAACUGGGAGGAGAAUAAGGACAAGUACCUGCUUCCCCCUGAUGCUCCCGAGCUUGUGAAUGCAAUAAAAAACACAGCAAUGUUCAGUAAGAAACUCUAUACUGAAGAAUGGGAAGGAGACAAAUCAUUAUUCUAUCCCUACAAUGACAGUCCAGAGCUCAGAAGAGUGGCACAGGCUCAAAAGGCUCUGAGUGAUAUUGUCUACAAAAAAGGGCAUGAUGAACAAAAAUCUAAAUAUACUUGUCUGCCAGAUCCACCUGAUGUGGAACAAGCCAAGAAAGUGACGAGGCAGCUGAGUGAUAUUAUUUACCAUGAGGACUAUAAAAACAAGAUCAAAGGCAAGUGGACUCAAACUCCCUGCUAUGAUGUUGCAAUUGCAAAAAUGAAUGCAGAAAAUAUAAGUAUGAGAAAAUAUCAGGAAGACUUUGAAAACGUGAAAGACCAAAUCUACUUUAUGCAGACUGAAACUCCGGAGUAUGAAGCUAAUAAGCGAGUCUCAGAUAAUGUCAGUAAGAUAAAAUACAGAGCAGACUAUGAAAAGAGCAAAGCUAUUGCAGAUUAUAACGUGCUUCCUGCUACAGAGAACCCAUUGCUGAGGCAAUUAAAAGCUGCAGGAAAUGCACUGAGUGAUAAAUUAUACAAAGAAGCCUACGAACAGUCAAAAGGAACCAGCAUGAAUUACUGUGACACACCAAAGUUCCAGAUUGAUACUGUUCUGAAGAAUUUUAGUGAUGUAAAAUAUAAAGAUGCCUAUCAAAAGAAUAUUUUAGGACAUUAUUUGGGAAGCUUUGAGGACCCACAUCAUACACACUGCAUGAAAGUUGAAGCUAUGAAGAGUGAUAAAAAUUACAAAGCAGAUUACGAGGAGGAAAAGACAAAAUGCUACUUCCCUCAGACCAUAACUCAAGAGUACGAAGCUAUUAAGAAGCUGGAGCAGUGUAAAGAUCACACCUACAAAAAGCAUCCUGAUCAAACCAAAUUUACUCAAGUGGCUGACUCCCCAGUACAGAAGCAAGCAGAGAUCAACAGCAAACAGCUGAGUGAUAUAAAUUAUAAAUCCAAAGGUGAAGAAAUUAUUCACAAGUACCACCUCCCUCCAGAUGUGCCCCAGUUUAUACAGGCUAAAGUUAAUGCCUACAAUAUUAGUGAUAACUAUUACAAGACGGGAUUGGAAGAAUUAAAAUCAAGGGGAUAUGAUCUAAAAAGUGAUGCUAUUCCUAUCCGAGCUGCCAAGGCUGCUAGGCAGGCUGCCAGUGAUGUUAACUAUAAAAAAGCCUAUGAAGCCAACAAGGGUAAACUCGUUGGCUUCCAGAGCCUCCAGGAUGAUCCCAAACUCGUUCAUCAUAUGAAGGUAGCCAAGCUGCAGUCUGAGCGAGAGUACAAGAAAGAUUAUGAGAAAACAAAAACUAAGUACAACAUUCCGCUGGAUAUGGUCAAUGUUGUCGGUGCCAAGAAGGCUCAAGAGAUUGCCAGCAAUGUUAAUUACAAGAACCUCGUGCACCACUAUACUUACUUACCAGAUGCAAUGAAUGUGGAGCUGACCAAAAACAUGAUGGAGAUUCAGAGUGAUAAUGCAUACAAAGCAGAUUAUAAUAACUGGAUGAAAGGCAUUGGAUGGAUCCCCAUUGGCUCAGUAGAAGUAGAAAAAGCAAAAAAAGCUGGAGAAGCCUUGAAUGAAAAGAAAUAUCGUCAGCAUCCAGACACCAUUAAAUUUACAAGUGUGGUGGACUCUCCAGUAAUGGUCCAAGCCAAACAGAAUUCAGUUCAAGUCAGUGAUGCAUAUUAUAAACAAGACUACCAUGAUCUAAUAGCUAAAGGGAACAAUGUGUCACUUGAUGCUAUUCCAAUUACUCUAGCCAAGGCUUCAAGGAACAUUGCUAGCGAUUAUAAAUACAAAGAAGCAUAUGAAAAGGCUAAAGGAAAGCAGGUUGGUUUCAGAAGCCUGCAAGAUGACCCUAAGCUUGUCCACUACAUGAACGUAGCAAAGAUUCAGUCUGAGCGUGAGUACAAGAAAGACUACGAGAAGUCCAAGACUGUCUAUCAUGCAACUCCUGACAUGUUCAGUAUCCAGGCUGCUAAACAGGCUCAGGAUGUAGCUUCUAAUGCCCACUACAAAAACCUGAUCCAUCACUACACUUACCUGCCAGAUGCCAUGGAUGUUGAGCUUGCAAAGAACAUGAUGCAAAUUCAGAGUGAUAAUGCAUACAAACAAGAGUAUAACAGCUGGUUCAAGGGGAUUGGAUGGAGUCCUCUCGGUUCUCUGGAUGUUGAAAAAGCUAAAAAGGCUGGACAUGCACUAAAUGAAAAGAAAUACCGUCAGCACCCAGACACCAUCAAAUUUACAAGUAUUCCAGAUUCAAUACCAAUGGUUUUAGCUCAGCACAACACCAAGCAACUGAGUGAUGUAAAAUAUAAGCAAGAAGGUGAAAAAGUAAAACACAAAUACACUCUGGAUCCUGAUGUUCCUCAGUUUAUUCAAGCCAGGGUCAAUGCCUACAAUUUGAGUGAUGCUAACUACAAAGCAGACUGGAAAAAAACCAUUGCCAAAGGAUAUGAUCUGAAACCAGAUGCCAUUCCCAUCAUUGCUGCUAAAGCUUCUCGAAAUAUUGCAAGUGAUUACAAGUACAAGGAAUCAUAUGAGAAAGAAAAAGGCAAACAGGUUGGAUACCGGAGCCUGCAUGAUGAUCCUAAACUUGUUCAUUACAUGAAUGUAGCCAAAAUGCAAUCAGAUCGUGAAUAUAAGAAGAAUUAUGAAGACACCAAGACCAGAUAUCACACUCCUUUGGAUAUGUUCAGCGUGACAGCUGCCAAGAAAGCCCAGGAAGCAGUUACAAACGCAGGCUACAAACAACUAAUUCACAAUUACACACUCUUGCCUGAUGCUGUGAAUCUGGAGCUAUCAAGAAAUGUGAUGCAGCUUCAGAGUGACAAUUUAUACAAAGCAGACUUUAAUAACUGGUUGAGAGGAGUUGGCUGGAUACCAAUUCAGUCACUGGAUGUAGAAAAGGCCAAAAAAGCUACAGAGAUUCUCAGUGAGAAGAAGUAUCGCCAGCACCCAGACAAGCUGAAGUAUUCUAUCCCAAUGGAUGCGAUGGAACAAGUGCUAGCUAAGCAAAAUGCCAAGACCAUGAAUAAGAAGCUCUACACCGAUAAAUGGAACAAAGAGAAGACCAGCAUUCAUGUUAUGCCAGAUACUCCAGAAAUCCUGCAGUCUAAAGUGAACCAGAUCACAAUGAGUAACAAACUUUACAAAGCUGAAUGGGAGGAAGCCAAGAAGAAAGGUUAUGACAUGCAACCAGAUGCUAUUCCCAUAAAAGCAGCCAAAGCCUCCAGAGACAUUGCAAGUGAUUAUAAAUACAAACUAGCCUACGAAAAAGAGAAAGGAAAGCAUAUCGGGUUCCGCAGUCUUGAAGAUGACCCCAAGCUGGUGCACUUCAUGCAGGUGGCUAAGAUGCAAUCUGAUCGUGAAUACAAAAAAGGUUAUGAGAAGGCAAAGACUAAUUUCCAUACUCCAGUUGACAUGGUCAGUGUUGUGGCAGCCAAGAAAGCACAAGAAGUUGCUACAAACGCAAACUACAAAACCUUGAUCCAUACCUACAAUGUUUUGCCCGACGCCAUGAGUCUUGAAUUAGCUAAAAACAUGAUGCAGAUACAAAGUGAUAAUCAAUACAGAGCAGACUAUGAUGAAAGUAUGAAGGGUGUUGGAUGGAUGCCACUGGGCUCCCUGGAAGCUGAGAAGAACAAGAAAGCAAUGGAAAUUGUUAGUGAAAAGAAGUAUCGCCAGCAUCCAGACAAGUUGAAGUAUUCUGUUCCUAUGGAUUCCAUGAACAUGGUUUUAGCUUUAAAUAAUGCUAAAAUCAUGGAUGAGCACAAGUACAAACAAGCAUGGGAAGAAGACAAAAAGAAAGUUCACAUGACACCAGAUAUUCCACAAAUUGCUUUAGCAAAAGUUAAUGCAUUUAAUUUAAGUGAUAAAAUGUACAGACUCUCAUUUGAAGAAGCUAGGAAGAAAGGAUAUGAUCUCAGAGCUGAUGCUAUCCCUAUUAAAGCUGCCAAAGCUUCUAGGGAUAUUGCUAGUGAUUAUAAAUACAAAUUAGGUUAUGAACAAGACAAGGGAAAACUUGUGGGCUUCCGCAGCCUUCAGGAUGAUCCCAAACUCGUCCAUUAUAUGCAAGUGGCUAAGAUGCAGUCCGAUCGCGAAUACAAAAAGGCUUAUGAGAUGAGCAAGACACAUUAUCAAACACCUUCUGACGCGCUCAGCAUCGUGGCAGCUAAGGAGGCACAGGAUCGUGUAACCAAUACUAACUACAAACGACUGAUUCACCAGUAUAUGCUUCUACCAGAUGCAAUGAGUUUAGAACUGUACAGGAACAUGAAUCAGAUACAAAGUGACAAUGAGUACAAGCAGGAUUACAACGAGUGGUUCAAGGGUAUCGGCUGGAGUCCUGCUGGUUCUCUGGAUGUGGAGAAAUCAAAGAAAGCCACAGAAAUUGCAAGUGAUCGGAAAUACCGCCAGCAUCCCAGUAUGUUCCCCUUUACAAAACAGAACGAUGACAUGGACAUGGUCCUUGCAAAACAGAAUGCAAAUAUAAUGAACAAACAUGCUUAUACUCAAGCUUGGGAGAAGGAUAAAACACAGGUUCAUGUGAUGCCAGAUACACCAGAUAUUCUACAGGCAAAACAGAACAAGACGAACUACAGCCAGAAACUAUACAAACUUGGCUGGGAGGAAAUGAUAAAGAAAGGCUAUGACCUCACACCUGAAGCCAUUUCGGUGAAAGCUGCCAAAGCUUCAAGGGACAUUGCAAGUGACUACAAGUACAAAGAAGGUUACCGCAAGCAGCAGGGACACCACAUUGGAUUCCGCAGCUUGCAGGAUGAUCCUAAGAUGCGGUGGUCUAUGCAAGUAGCUAAGAUGCAGAGUGAGAGGGAAUACAAGAAAGAUUUUGAAAAGUGGAAGACAAAGUUUAAUAUGCCUGUGGAUAUGUUAGGCUUCCUUCUGGCUAAGAAAUGUCAGGAGUUGGUUAGUGACAUAGACUACAAACGGAUACUGCACCGCUGGACUUGUCUGCCAGAUCAGAAUGAUGUCACCCAGGCAAAGAGGGUCUACGAACUACAGAGUGAUAACCUGUAUAAGUCAGAUCUACAGUGGCUCAGAGGCCUGGGAUGGAGUCCUUUGGGAUCUUUGGAAUCUGAGAAGAACAAGAAAGCUUCUGAAAUACUGAGUGAAAAGAAGUACCGGCAGCACCCAGAUACUAUUAAGUUCACGAGUAUCCCCGAUGCCAUGGAUAUCGUUUUAGCAAAAUCAAAUGCCAAAAAUAGAAGUGAUAGACUGUACAGAGAAGCUUGGGACAAGGACAAAACUCAGGUUCACAUCAUGCCUGAUACUCCUGAAAUUUUGCUGGCCAAAUCAAACGUAAUUAACGCAAGUGAUAAACACUACAAGUUAGGAUAUGAAGAGCUGAAGAGGAAGGGCUAUGAUCUUCCUCCUGAUGCUAUACCCAUCAAGUCAGCAAAGGCAUCCAGAGACAUAGCUAGUGAGUACAAGUACAAAACUGCAUACCGAAAGCAGCUUGGCCACCACAUAGGAGCCCGUAACAUAGAGGAUGAUCCGAAGAUGAUGUGGUCCAUGCACGUAGCCAAGAUCCAGAGUGACAGGGAGUACAAGAAAGCCUUUGAGAAGACAAAGACACACUUCAGUAGCCCAGUGGACAUGCUGGGAAUUGUGUUGGCCAAGAAAUGUCAAGGGUUGGUCAGCGAUGUUGAUUACCGUCACUAUCUGCAUCAGUGGAUCUGCCUACCAGACCAGAAUGAUGUGAUCCAUGCUAAGAAGGCCUAUGAUCUGCAGAGUGAU